AUGGCUCCUACGUCAACGGCGACCCCAUUCCACAUCGCGGAAGCCAUCUCGGAAUAUAACUUAUUCACAUCACUAAUGCUCCUCCGAACGCUACCUCGAAAGCACGACCCGAGCGGGAUUUAUCUCAAGGCAGAAGGCGUAAAAUACGACCAUCAUUUCUCACAAAUGGAAAUCGUCGUUCAAACGAUCGCCUGCGCUCCCUCCCUCGCCGAGCUACCGUUUCUUUGGCAUUUCUCUAAAUGCAUCCGGUUUUGUGUCGUGUCGCUGUCAGCAAGCGGCAGCGGGGGACAAUGCGCCGCUAACGAGACGCAGCGGCGGUCGAUCGCAAAGAGCUUCAUGGAACACCUCAAUCCCCUCUUUGUUCCUGUUGGCCCGCCCUUACCAGUGGAUCUCGAUUCCGUCCUAGGAGCAAUAAAGCUCAAAGCCAACUCACGACUCUCUGCUGUCUACCCUUUAUUGCCCGAACGCGCUCCGAUCUUGAGCACCUCUGGCCCGCAUAAUUGGCGUGUGGGUGCGGUGCCGGCGCUGCCCCCCAACGGGGUGACGCCCGUAGAGAUAGCUCGGCCCCAUCGCCUAGACCCGGCUACACCUUCGGACGCACACCGGCACAUCUAU